GCUCUUCUUCUCUUCCUCCUCCUCAUCUUCCGUCGGCGGUCGAACGAAGGAGAGGGACGGCAGAGCCAUGGCUUCGUACGACCUCACGCCUCGCAUCGCGCCGAACCUCGACCGGCACCUGGUGUUCCCCAUGCUGGAGUUCCUGCAGGAGCGGCAGCUCUACCCCGACGAGGAGAUCCUCAAGUCCAAGAUCGAGCUCCUGAGCCAGACCAACAUGGUCGACUACGCCAUGGACAUCCACAAGAGCCUCUACCACACCGAGGACGUCCCUCAAGAUAUGAUGGAGAGGAGGGCGGAGGUGGUGGCGAGGCUCAAGGCGCUGGAGGAGGCGGCGACGCCCCUCGUCAAUUUCCUGCAGAACCCUAGCGCCGUCCAGGAGCUGAGGGCCGACAGGAGCUACAAUCUCCAGAUGCUCCAAGAUCGACACCAGAUUGGUCCGGAGCAGAUAGAGGCAUUGUAUCAGUAUGCCAAAUUCCAGUUCGAAUGUGGGAACUAUUCGGGUGCUGCUGACUAUCUGUACCAGUACAGGGCGCUGUGUACAAACAGUGAAAGGAAUCUGAGUGCAUUGUGGGGAAAGCUGGCUGCUGAGAUUCUGAUGCAAAACUGGGAUAUUGCUCUCGAGGAACUUAAUCGUCUGAAGGAGAUCAUAGACUCCAAGAGUUUCUCAUCCCCUCUGAACCAAGUGCAAAGUAGGAUAUGGUUGAUGAAUUGGAGUCUCUUCAUCUUUUUCAACAAUGAGAAUGGGAGGACUCAGAUCAUUGACCUGUUUAAUCAGGACAAAUACCUGAAUGCCAUUCAGACAAAUGCUCCCCAUCUUUUACGUUAUCUGGCCACUGCAUUUAUCGUCAACAAAAGAAGGCGUCCUCAGUUCAAGGAUUUUAUCAGGGUUGUUCAACAAGAGCAGCAUGCCUUCAAAGAUCCAAUCAUAGAGUUUUUAGCAUGUGUCUAUGUCAAUUACGACUUUGAUGGUGCACAAAAGAAAAUGAGAGAGUGUGAAGAAUUGAUCUUGAAUGACCCUUUCCUUGGAAAAAGAGUUGAAGAAGGGAACUUUUCCACUGUGCCAUUGAGAGACGAGUUUCUAGAAAAUGCCCGCCUUUUCAUAUUUGAGACCUACUGCCGAAUACAUAGAAGAAUUGAUUUGGGGGUCCUUGCAGAGAAAGUGAAUUUGAAUUACGAAGAGGCUGAGAGAUGGAUUGUCAAUCUUAUUCGGACCUCGAAACUCGAAGCCAAGAUUGAUUCCAAAUUGGGGACCAUUGUCAUAGAACCUAACAACCCGAAUGUGUAUGAACAGCUGAUAGACCAUACGAAGGGACUCUCGGGGCGCACUUACAAGCUAGUCACUCAAGUUCUGGAGCAUGCACAGGCACAGCCUGCUCGAUAACUUUGGUGCUGAAGAUUUUGAGUAGCUCUCCUUUUUUAGGGUUAAGUUGCCUUUUACUUUAUAUGUCAAGCUUUUGCCCAAAGAAAGCCUUCUGUUGUGAGAGUUGAGAUAAGUCGAAAUUUGUGGGAGACAGAAUCCUUGUUAAUUAUUUGUAUUGACAGACGUCCAUUUUCAAUUUUGCGCCGGCCAUUCAAAUUUUUGUGAA